AUGACGACCGUUGAAAGAUGGCAAGAGCAACUGCCGUCCCGCCUGAGAGGCGGCGAGGGAAGUUCAACCCAGGUGGCUACCCAAGAUAGCCCAGAUGUCGAAUGUCCGGGUGGCCUGAGGCACAAGUUCUCAAAUUGGCGAGAUUCUGUUCCUUUUCGUUCCUCUCCAAACAUCACAUCACAACCAGCACAACGGGCAGGUCCCAAGACACCGCAGUAUGAAGAGUCUGAUUCUGGUAUCGGCAUCACCACGCCAUCAUCUCAAGAUCAUCAAAACGAGCCUCCUGGAUUAGAACUGCCCGGAACUGAGCUUAGGUGCUUUGACAGCCCUAUAUCUGAUCGACUGAAAGCGCGGUUCUUCGACAUCAAAGUCUUGUACACCCAGCCACUGCUGGACUACAUCCUCAAGAGAAAGAAAGAUCCAGGAGACAUUUCUAUGAAACUGAAAUACCUGGGACUCAACUCACUAAGCACCAAACUCCAUAUCGUCAUUCAGUGUGAAAGAAAAAUCGCCAAGAGAGUGAGGAAGUUCUUCGCGCAAGGUCAUGUCGCGGAAGAGCUUUUGCCUGACUUUCGUGUCUUUGUACUGGAAAAGGCACUCUUGCGACUGACGGAUGACGAGGCGAUAGAGGUUCUGACAGACUCUGUACCAGAGAAAACAUGGUGUGGAACACCCAUCAGACUGAGACGAGGCAAUGUGUCUGUCGUAGCGACUUUUGGUGGUAUCAUUGUGGUUGAAGCCACUCAUAAGCGUCUAGUUGGCUUGACGGCUGCCCAUUCUCUGAAGAAAUUGCACAGUCCUCUCUCUGGCCAGCUCUUGACGCAUGAUAGAGAAGUGCCCUUCUCAUCCUCAUCCUCGGACGCUUCCGAGAGCGAAAGCGACUCUGAUUGCGAGUCCACGAUCACGACUGAAAGCUCAGUGCAGCAUCCUGAGCACUUGGAUGGAAAGGGACUGGACACCACUGCAUCACAAAACACCUUGGAAAUCGGCACCAUCCUUUGCAAUACGUUCGAUUCUCCGAUGGCACAGAACUAUGACUGGGCUAUUAUUGAUUUGAACCAACAGGCGACAUUACCAAAUAGAGUUGUCCUAGGUGGACAGUCUGACUCGUCAGAUUUUGAGGAAGAAAGUGACCUUGAACCCAUCCUGUUCCCAGUUGGGAACCCCUGUGUAUCAGUGUCUAGGCAAGUCAUGGUACUGAAGAAAGGUGCCAAGGCGAUUGGAGAGGUGUCUCUUGACACUUCCUCUGUGCUGAUAUCCCCCGGAUCAUCGUUUGUUGAGGUCUAUGAUCUUGCCAUGGAGCAUGGCUCUUCGUUAGGUCCCGGUGACUCCGGCUCAUGGGUAGUCGAUGCGAAGACCUCGGUAUUAUAUGGUCAUGUUGUUUCAACUGAUGCCUUUGGAGAGGCCCAAGUGAUGCCCAUUCGUUCGACUCUCGACAAGGAGUUGAUGAGUCACGCACCAGCCAACCUGGAAGUUUCACCGAUCACCGAAACAUGCGAAAAGCAGGAAGAUACACAGGCAACUCGCCCAGAAGAUAUGAAGGGAGGCCAACCCAUGUCACCCUCGCCUUAUAAGGAAGCAUCUGAAAAGUCUUCAUCUAAGCGCGCACUAUCUGUACAUGACAUUGUUCCACAGAGCCUCGAGAUCGCUUGUGAAAGUCCUGACGGGGCUUCGUAUCCUUCUAUCAGAGAGAUCCUUGAGUCUGCACUGGAAGAAAUAUGGGCCAAGGUACAGAAUCAGCCCGACUCGUAUAUUAUGAUGAGAGAUGAAUUCGCCGUCUUCAAUUUCUUCCAGCACCGCUUCGCUGGUGAUAAAAUGGCAAUCUCCGCUCGAAAGAGAUUUUGGGAAGCAGCAGCAUCUGUAGAUUCUUCGGAAUUUACCAAGACCGAAAGUAGUGACCUUGCUCAGAUUGACGCCAUUCGGGAGUUGGUCCAGGCCUCGUAUCGACGCGUUGGUGCAUAUGGCCCAGAUUUCGCCAACGUGGCUACUAAAUUGUACAAACUUGAAAUGACUCUCAGGCGGCUGCGAGAUGAAGUCGCCGAGGAACAAGAAGAGUUGCCUGUGCACAUCCAACAAUCCUACACAAAUCAUCUCCAUUCACUAGUCGAGGAUUGGGAUUUCGCAAUGAAGCGAGUCAAUUCUUUACUUGAUACUUAUCGCGAUGAGGAGAUAAGUCUUGCUGGGGAGGAAGGUUCCAAGAGCGGUGAACUGAAGCCCAUAGAGCCAGUUUUGGCUGGUAAACGGAUAGCUAUUGAGCUACUGCUAGACUCAAUUCAGUUACAAAAGCCUCAAAUCUACGACCAACACCAGUCUGACCUCGAAGAAAUCAAGGACAAGGUCGACCAUAUUGCUGCUCACCUUUUCGCCCACUGGAAUGCCGAAUCCUUUUCAGGGGGGAAUGAUGAGUUAUGGAGACAUUUCCAGCUACUGCUGGAGAAAGAAGGAUUUUCUUCUCAAAUCCUAAGCAAAAAGAAAGAUAUCCUCAUGGCGUAUAUCAAAGACCUCGGCUAUAUUGCCGAUACCACCACUAACACACUUUCUCAUGUUCAUAAACCAGUCAUGGAAUCUCAGGGAACUGACUCUCACGGCCGAAAGAAGCCGGAUCUGGAGCACAAGUAUGAUACCGGUAUACAAAUGGAUGUCAUCACUACAGAGGACAUUAUUGCUCUAGAUGGAAAGGAUGCAACCAUUCAACACAUCCAACCUGCCCUUUCACCAAGGGAAUCAAAGAUUCCACGACAGGCCGUGCCAGCACAGCUUCGGUCAAAAGAAACCUCUUGUGAUGAGGACGGAUUUCAUGGGGAUGGAAGCGAUCUCGAUGAAACAUCACCGCCCAUUGCCUCGUCAAGGUCCAAAUACAGGCGCAGGCGCAAUAACCAUCCGUCCCGUCCUACUCAAUCGUCUCAACAUAUGUCCCCCGAUCAACACGGUAUAGAAAUAGCUGACGGCGCCCAUUGGACGAAGAUAUCACGCAAACUUGUCAGUGUCGAGGUACUUCAACAAGCGGGCGUGCGAUAUGAAGCAAGACCGGAUUAUGUUGCCAUACUUGGUAUUUUAUCCAGAGAACAAGUGGCAAAGCUCGUUCACGAGAGUGAAUCGACGAUAACCUCACGUCCUCCACCGCCGUAUCCUGAAGACAGAAGUUCUUCUGGGCAAGGACAUCCUGUGUUCGCAGAUAUCGAUAACGAAGAGAUCUCCUUCAUCCCUCUGAUCGAAGGCGACGACAAGGGUAGCGCAGCUGUUCGAACGCAUCGCAGGGGGACUACCAAGACUCGUCAGAGUGAUGUCGCAGGGUAUCCCCCGCGAAGAAGAGCCGAAAAGAAGCAAGAAAAGCCCGGGAGUAAACAAGAGGUUUUGUACGGAACCCAAUUUAAGGGACCUAUUAUACGCACAAAACGCAACCCCUACAGGGAAAAGAAUGGUCGGUUUGGGCUUCAGCGCAGCGCAAGGGUCUAUGAUAAGGGUGUUCCAGGUGGUGUAGUUGGAAUUGGCAGCGCUGCUGUAAGCUUGCUCAGUGUGCUAUCUGAGGCUUCGUCAGCUAUUUAG